UCUAGAGACCCAUGGAUUCGAUAUUUAUUACUUGUGCCACUAUUUUGCAGUCCCUUUCAUUGGUUACACUUGGCCAUUAUUAGGUGUUGUCUCGUAGCGUGUCAAAAGGUGAUCAAGACCUCCACGAUUUUUUGGCUCCCGAAUACACACCAUGGUAUAAGGGAAGAGGAAAAGCAGUCACUAUAGACAGGAAAGGCAAGAGAAAACUAAACUUGAAUCCAGAUUGCCACCUGCGAUGCAUCAUCAAGUAGAAUCUUUGGCUAAAGAUAUGGCUUUAAGCCAACUACAACGAGAAAAUGAUGAGAUACGGUCAUACACAAGAGGGCAUUUCACUCAAAUGAAGAAACUUGAAGAAGAAAACCAUAUCCUAAAUCAAAGGGUUAUGCAAUUGGAAGAUAUGAGCCACAAGCAAAGGUCCGCAAUCAACGAACUCCGAAGUGCAAAUCAGGCGAUGCAAGAAAGAUUAGAGCAUAUGGAAGCAUCAAGCCAACAAAAAGAGCAUCUUAUCAGUAAGCAAAGAAAGGAAGCCACCAAGUAUCGUGAAGAGAUUGACCGACUAAUCGCAGAAAAGGAGGCCAUCGAGAUAGAAAAUGCGGACUGGCAAAUCAGAGAACAGACAUUGGAAAACAACAGGCUCAAUGAAGAAUGGAACGUUAAUCAUCUCAUGAAAUUCAUUAGAGGAGUUACCGGAAGGGCAUAUGAGUUGUCCAAUGAAGGCGAAGUGGCCAGCCUACGUUUGGCACAAAUGGAGAAUCCGGAUCCAAACCUUCCAACCUAUAUUGAAAACCUGCAACAAGAGCUUGUGUAUUAUGGGAGUUUCUACUAAUCAUAUUAUAAUGUUUUUGUAAUAUGACCAUGUAAGGUAGUAGGAGGGUAAACAAUGUAUUUUGGGUUGUUUUUGUAAUUAUGGUCUCUUGUGAUAUAUGUACGAGACCAUGUAAUAAGCAUAUAGCGCCUUGAAACGCAAGGGAAUUGUAAUAGUAGCCUGGCUAUUGUAAAUAUAAAGUUUGGAAGCAAAGAUGUUGUCUCAUUGGCAAACCCUAGAACUGCAUUCAUGCAUAAACAAAAGCAUCAUAUCAUGCAGUCACCUCAUCUAGCAUACGCAUGACAUCAUGUCACUCUGCAUCGACUAAUUAUGAAUUAUUUCACUAUGACAAAAACAGAGCACCGGGUUUUCUCUAAAAUUGGUCGUCCACCACAAAAAAGUCAAGACUUUAUGGACUUAACGAGAUCUAAGGUUGAGUUCGUUAUGGAGGCUUUUCAGAAGAAGCUAAGUGACAUUGAGGGAAAGAUAACAGGGUAUGAUGAAAAACUGGUUGGGUUUGACGAAAUGAACGGUCAGCUAAACAUGAUGAAAGAAGUACAUUCUGACAAUGAUGUUUCUCCAAAAGGAGAAAGAUCAGGGCCCAAAGUCAUCAUUGUACAUGACAAAAACAAUAUGCCUCGUACUAGACGUGAUAAUUCCCCCGAAAUUCAAAGUUUUGGAAUUUGAAAAGACGACGGUACUACGUGCCCUAGAAACCAUCUAAUAAUGUAUUGUAACAAAAUGACCAAUCACGUCCGAGAUGACAAACUGUUGAUACAUUGUUUUCAUAAUAGUUUGAAUUGGCCGGCCGCAAGGUGGUACAUGCCGCUCUAAAGGUAGAAGGUCAAAAGGUGGCAAGAUCUUGCUGAUGAAUUCAUGAAAAGAAAUAAGACAAGACUAUGAGCAUCUGGGAUCAAACGGCACCUGAAUCGGAGGUCAAACGAGCUCAAAUGAGAUCAACGAAGCUUAGGAGUGCGGCUGAAAAUUGUGCACGGUCGUGUAAAAUUAUGCACGGCCGUGUGAGUUUCCCAGGGGGUUUGCACGGCCAAAACCUCAAUUUGCACGGCCACGCAAGUAGGGGGUGCGAGUUUCAACGGGUAUAAAAUCUGUUUUGCGAUUUUUGGAGAGGGAGAGCUGGGUUUUGGAUCCCAAACACCCAAGGGACGAACCAAAGAGAGAGAGAGGGUGAUCUAGAGCCAUUCUUGGAGCUAUUUUGGAGGAUUUCUUCACCAUUGGAGCUCGAGAAUCAAGCUUAGAGAUGGAGAUUGAAGAUCUAGAUCAGAUUCCUGCAGUCUCUCUCUUCUCUAUGGAGUAACUUCUUUUCAGUUAGGUUUUGAGGAACCCUAGUUCCAUAUGUUAGGAUCUUUCUUGUAUGAAGUUUUGGAUGCUAUAUUGUGUGAUUAUAAUCGAUUGAGGCAUGAUUUAUUGAGUCAAUUGAAUCCUGAUCAAAUUCUCUUAAUUUCUGCUUUAACCUUUGAUAGAUAGAAUCAGAUUAGGUUAAGAGAGCUUCCUUGAUUGAUAGUAGUGAAUUGGUUGUGCGAGAGUCAGUCAAUUCACUGCUUUGUACUGGAAUUCAUUCUAGUAGUGGAUAUCUGUGUGAAUCGCCUUAGCAGUCUAUCCCGGUGAAGGCUAGUUGAUUGUCGAGUAUUCUGUCUAAGAGGACACCCCUAAUCGCCAAAGUGAAGUGACAAACAUAACUGGGGUAGGUGGCAUGACUAAGACUGGCAGAUAUUACACCCCGGAUGACGUAGAAAAGCGCAGAAUUGAAGAAUUAGCAAAAAGGAAAGAAAUAAGGCAAGAAAUC